GAAGAUAAACUAAACUCAGAGUUCUGUAUAGGAAAUUCACAAAUAAAUCUCUUUUGGGUCAGCGACAAAUAAAUCUUUCUCUUCUUUUAUUUUGUUUCUCCAUUUAUUAUCCAUGGCUCUUUGGACUCGCCGAAUUAAAUCCUAGAAUUUAUGGCCCGUUCAUCCAAACGAUGCAGUCUGAAGGCCCGCCAUGUUACUCAUGAUACCUUAAUUAGCCCAUAACGAAGGGCUGACUCAGUGUUUCAAUUUCAAAGUGCAAAAUCGCAGAAUUGAAUAAUAAUAAUUUCACGAGGAAGGCCUCCAUUGCACGUUACAGCAAGGGUUUCUCUUCCCUCUAGGGUUCCCAAUCGCCAAAAAUGGCCACCGAAACCCUAGAAGACAACAAACCACCACCUCAAGACAAAGACGACAACCACGCACCUCCCGACCCUAAAUCCCAACCCAACAAACAAGACCCCGAAGACUUGGAAAUUUCCGAGAAAGACGCUUCCUCGGAAGUCGCGAAAUCCGAGGACAAGAAUGUCGACGACAAAGACGGAGCGAGCAAUAUGGAAGUAGAAGAGGAAGCUGAUGAGAAGAAAGACACCGACGAACACGAAGACGAGGAGAAGGACAAUGAAGAAGAAGAGGAGGAAGAAGAAGAAGCUGAAGAAGGUAAGAAGGGCAAGGCCAAGGGGCGUAGUAAAGAGAGUACGAAGAAGAGUAAGAAGAAAACUGCGUCGGCGAAGAAGGGUAAAAAGGAUCCAGUUACUCCCACAAGCGAGAGGCCAACGAGAGAGAGGAAAACUGUGGAACGUUACUCUGUACCCUCGCCUGCAAAGUCUGCAAGGUCCUCUGCUAGUAAAGCUUUCACGAUUGAAAAGGGUCGUGGCACGCAGCUCAAGGAUAUACCGAACGUGGCUUUCAAGUUGUCUAAGAGAAAACCUGAUGACAACCUGCACAUGCUUCAUAGUUUACUGUUUGGGAAGAAAACAAAGGCACACAAUUUAAAAAGAAAUAUAGGCCAGUUUUCUGGUUAUGUAUGGACUGAAAAUGAGGAAAAACAGAGGGCUAAGGUAAAAGAGAGGAUUGACAAAUGUGUCAAAGAAAAGUUGUUGGACUUCUGUGAUGUUCUUAAUAUUCAGAUAAACAAGGCCAACGUGAAGAAGGAGGAGCUGUCUGCAAAGUUGUUGGAAUUUUUGGAGUCCCCACAUGCUACAACUGAUAUUCUGCUUGCUGAAAAAGAGCAGAAAGGUAAAAAACGAACCAGAAAGGUAACUCCAAUCAAAUCUCCUGGUGAAGCAUCUACAGAAACACCUGCCAAGAAGCUAAAACAAACUUCACAGUCUGGGAAAAAGCGAAAGCAGUCUUCUGAUGAUGAGGAGGAUGAUAAAGCUGAACUUUCAGAUUCAAAAGAUGAGUCUCAGGAAGAUGAAGAUGUUGCAGCGCUGAAUAAUGAAAGUGAUGAUGAGGAAAGUAAGUUAGAGGAAGAGGAAGAUAAACCGAAAGCUUGCAAGCGUACUUCCAAAAAGAUUGUUAAGGAGGGUUCAGUGACCAAAGCUGGAGAUAGAGCCUCAUCUGGCAAGAAGACCUCUGUAAAAGAGGCCAAGAGCACUGAAAAAACUCAGAAGAAGUCAACUUCAAAAAAGAGUGUUGCUGAGCAUGACAGUGCUUCUGCUUCCCUUUCUAAGUCAAAGCAACCUGCAUCCAAGAAACUGAAAACUGUAAGCGAAAAGGAUACUAAGGGGAAGGCUGCCAGCAAAAAACAAACAGACAAGUCCUCAAAGGCUUUGGUUAAGGAUCAAGGGAAAGGUAAAAGUAAUAAGAAGUCUAAGACAGAACCUACUAGGGAGGACAUGCAUGCAGUAGUCGUUGAUAUUCUGAAGGAAGUUGAUUUCAAUACUGCAACUUUGUCUGAUAUCCUUAGGCAACUUGGUACCCACUUUGGUCUGGAUUUAAUGCAUAGAAAAGCAGAGGUGAAGGAUAUAAUUACAGAUGUAAUCAAUAACAUGUCUGAUGAGGAAGAUGAAGGAGAAGAAGCUGAGAAUGACGGUGAUGCAGAUAAAGAUGAUGACGACGACGACGAGGAUGCAUGAUUUAGUUGGGCAAAUAAUUUGACCUGUGCAGAAAUUAGAGGCACGUGGGCAUUAAUAACUAGAUUUAAUCUUCAUGAUUCUCCUGUCAGCUGUCUCUACGGAUUAAGUUAAGGUAGAUAUUUGGUUUGAGUUAUCACCUUUUCCAUGAUAGAUGCUUUAUAAAUUAGGUUUGUACUUUGUACCAUAUUUAGAUAUAACCCGUUCCUCUGUAUUUUACUGAUGUGACCUUUUAUUUCUCAUAUUGAAUAGUUUCUCUUUUUCGCUUGCCUGUAAACAUCAUUGCCUUCUAAUUUAGAUCAGUGCACUUUUUUUUUAAUCUGUUAGAACUAGAUUGUUGAUCGUUGGAAUUGAGAUGAUUUUCUUGCUUAAAUAAGCGUUUAUUCCUUGUAGUGUCAUGACUUCCAUUUUGGUUUGUAAAUUGGGGAUUUUCAGACGGUUAAGUAUGCCACACUGGAAGACUUGAUGUUUACUUAUUUUUCUCUUUAGCCUUUCUGAAGGCCAGGGUUUAGGGUUGCAAGUCUUGCCAAUUCUUUGAUCAGUAGGUGUUUACAGAUUGAUUUAAAUCUCUCUAAACUGUUAAGAUAAUAUUAAAAAAUUGGAAACUAAACAUACCGCUAACCAAAUUUUUGCCUGUAAAUUCUUAAACUAUAUAAUUAUCGUAAAAUUUUAAAAUGUACCUUCCAAAUAUAUAUAUAUUUUAAAGUACUUCAAAUCUUUUAGCAAUGUUGUAAAGUUUCAAUACUAUACCCUUUCUCUAUUUGAUUGAGAUAAAGAUGAGGAAGGAGAAUACUACAAAUCAAAAAAGUGAACAAAUCAUAGAUCCCCCUAGAUCUAGUUCCUUAAGCCAUAAGUUUCAACUCUACAUUCCAGAAUCCUGUAAAAAAUUCCUAGCUUUUACAAUAGAAAAUCUUUUAGAACAUUCUACUCUUCCAGAAGGUGCCCAUAAUGAAACUGAUAUUACUCCUCUUAGCCCAUAAUAUGUUUUCAGACCACACAAAUCUAAUUUUACAAUAUCAAUAAAAAAACUGACUUACCCCUCGUCCAGGAGUUAAAGAAAUGAUUCAGACCACAUAACUAGAUAAGUGUGCUCAUCAUGCUACAUUUGUGGAAUAAUAAUGUAAACUUGGAGAUAAACCCAUCUUUGAUCAAACUUUGGCAGCAGGAAGGUUAUAUUGCUCUGCAUACGGGUGCUGUAAGACUAAUCCUCACUCUUCAUGGAAGAAAAGGGACUUCCUGUUACAACAACAGUCUCUUUAAUAGACUCUACCUAUCAAGUACAUGAACAUGCUGUUAUAAGAACAGUCUUGACCACCUUAAUGCUGGAAGUGUGGUUUCGACCAUGUUUCCAAAUUUUAAUGUACAUCUAAGGGAUCCCACUCUGCCCAAGAGAUUUAAAGUUUAGGUCCAACUUGGUGGUCCACAAGAGCCUACUGCAUUUCCUGCUUACUUGAAACAUCAAAUUAUUUUCAGGCACCAAGGUCAUUUCAUUGAUCUUCCCACAAAUUCAAACCUUUCAAAAAAUGCUCUGAUGGUGGUUGCCAACACAAAAUCAUAUUUCGUCAAUCAUCCAUAUUCGAAAGCAGAUUCCAAGAAAAGAUAUCGAAGAACUGAUUCCCAGAGAAUUACUGAGUAAUAUGAGGUAUACAAGAGUAGCCAACAGCCUGUCAUGGAUACAGAAUUGAUAAUGAAGAGACUGCAAAGUGGGACAGUAAAUCAUUUUUAGAAAGAAAGAUGAGUCCUCCUCAAGGGCCACUCUUUUCUAGAUGAUUACCC